CGGCUUUUUUGUUUACAUCCUGUCUGAAUUGCAACGCAGAAAGCUUCCAGCUUCCAGCAAAGUGAAGUAGUUUUUUCUCACUGCAUCAUUUUUUUCUAAAUUAGCUUCAUUCAAGGCUUAUAGCCGGAGUAUUUCUAUCUCAGUUUCUGCCGUCAUUGUAAAGAUUUAAAUUAAAAGCAACCGUGAAUGGCAUCGGAUGCGUUUCUGGGCAGGCUGAUUCUUGCUCUAACGUUGUCUAUUUUUAGUUAUUAUUUUUUCUGGGUGGCAAUUUUACCCUUCAUGGUGAUUGAUUCCAGCGAAGAGAGCUGGAUUCAUUUGCUGUUCCCGGACACAUAUUUUGCUUUUCUAAUUCCUGCUGUUUUCGGAGUGCUGUUUCUUGGAGGCCUGGCUGGUUUCACGUUAUACCAUUUGAGAAAUCAAUUGAAAGCCCACACGGAUUAAUACGAUUAAACUGUGAAUCCGUUCAAUGCACAAUGGAAACAUGGCUAGUAAUAGGCGUGUCGGGCGUUACCAAUGGCGGUAAAACAACUCUGGCGAAGUCUCUCCAGAGUUAUUUCAGUGGUCAUCUGAAUAAAAUUAUUUUCAAAGAAAACAUCACAUUGAACAGGAUAACUCUUCUUUGCCAAGAUGAUUAUUUUCUGCCUGUGGAUAGCCCUAAACACACGCUCAUUGAAAAACUCAACCAUAUCAAUUGGGAAAUCAUGUCGUCUAUUGAUAUGGAUCGAAUGUGUCACGACAUCAUGAUGAUACUGGGUCACAAGUUUAUUCUCUAUAAUUGUCAGCAGCUGAGUAAGAGUGAAACGGAUAGCAAUAUUGCUGAACAGACGGAUCCCGUUAACGACGAAGAUAAUAUUUUUGCUGACCAUUUCCUGAGUAAUUAUCUGAAUAAAUAUGACGAAAACACAGCUUCAGUGAACCAGCGGUCUACGACUUUGAUCAAAAAGUCCAAAAAUGAAACAUUCCAAAACAUGAAUAUCAAACUUAAUGUGUUGAUCAUUGAGGGGUUUCUCAUAUUUAACCAUCCGUUCACACUGGAUUUGUGCAGUAUCAAGUUGCAUCUGCAUCUUCCCUACGAGAAGUGCUAUGCUAGGAGAGUGCAGCGCGUUUACGACCCGCCGGAUGUUAUCGGAUAUUUCGAAAUGUGCGUUUGGCCGUUCUAUGAGAAGCAUUCCAAAGAAUUCAAGGAUCGAACGGAUAUUUUCAUGCUGAACGGCGAAGUGCCCAAAGAAAGCCUACUGAACUAUGUUUUGAACUGCAUUAAAAACCUUUUGUGAGUUUACUCUACGAAUUUAGACUUGUAAUAACGGUAGUGUAAGGCAAAAUGGUUCCUUAUAAACAUUCUAACUAGACAUUUCCUUCAAAUCGAACAAAGCGAGAAAAUCGUGAUAAGUGUAGUAUUUUAAACUACUGAUGCUCUUUACAAGGAUUUUUAUACAAUAAAACAUGACAAAAUA